AUGUUGAAGUCAGAAGGAGUGCUAUCACUGCGCUUUCAUAGCCGUGGUGACCUUCAGCUAGACACGGUUCGACCACUGCCGUGCGGUCCAGAUGAAGUUCGCUUGAAGAUAGCAUAUUGUGGUAUAUGCGGAACAGAUAUUCAUGAAUUUCAAGGCGGGCCCAUCUUCCCACCCCAGCCAGGCUCCAAGAACCAAUUCACCGAGGUGGAGCUCCCUGUCACUAUGGGCCAUGAGAUGUCAGGAACAGUCAUCGAGAAAGGUCCAGCCGUCCAAGAUCUCGACGUCGGACAGGAGGUCUGUGUCAACCCUUCGCUAGACGACCGCCACUUUGGAGCAGACCCAUGUCCAUCAUGCCAAGCGGGAAGGAUCAACUUGUGCAAACGAUGGUGCUGUUAUGGCUUGAAUGCGAAUGGUGGCGGAUUCUCCGAGGAGAUCGUUGUGAAAUCUUACAACUGUCUUGUUCUGCCAGAAGGAGUCUCACCGAAGGCGGGCCAGGAUGCUCUCGUGCUAGGCGCUGGGCCUAUUGGGCUCGCGAUUUUGCUUGGCCUAAGAGCCCAAGGUGUCAAUAAAGUGGUUGUGAGUGAGGUGGCAGAGCAACGUGCUCUUCAGGCGAAGAAGUUCGGAGCCGAUAUGGUUGUCAAUCCACUCAAGAAUGCCGUCACUGCCAACGAUAGACUGCAGUCCACACUCGAUACAGCUUUGGCUGCCACGAAGCCUGGAGGAACUAUCUUCAAUGUUGCAAUUCACGAAAAACCGCUGAUGCUGAAUUUGAACGACAUUGCCAUCCUUGAGAAGAAAUUACUCGGUGGUAUCUGCUAUACCCAUGAAGACUGGGAGCGUGUGCUGGACGCAUUGAAGAAGGGAGACUUGCCGUUUGAGCAGAUGAUCACAGCCAUAGUGCCUCUGAAGGAUGUCGUUCAUGGUGGUUUCCAGGAACUGAUCAGGAAUAAGGCUGCGCAUGUCAAGAUCUUGAUUCAGCCGACAGCAGCAUAG